AGGAGGAGGAGGAGGAGGAGAGGGGAGGUCGGUCCAGAUGGAGACCCGCGGGAUGAGAGAGCGGCACUGACUGCUGACAUUCCGCCCACGUCCCGGAGUGAGAAGGAUCGACAAGACCAUGCUGGCCGGCCUGAAGGUCAAGAAGCAGGAGCUGGCCAACAGCUCAGAUGUGACACUCCCAGACCGGCCACUGUCCCCUCCCCUCACUGCACCCCCCACCAUGAAGUCUGCGGAGUUCUUCGAGAUGUUGGAGAAAAUGCAGGGGAUCAAGCUUGAGGAGCAGAGGCCAGGACCUCAGAAGAACAAGGAUGACUAUAUCCCAUACCCCAGCAUUGAUGAGGUUGUGGAGAAGGGAGGCCCGUAUCCUCUCAUCAUCCUGCCCCAGUUUGGGGGCUACUGGAUAGAGGACCCAGAGAACGUGGGCACUCCAACGUCGGUGGGCAGCAGCGUCUAUGAGGAGGAGGAAGAGGACAGCCUAAAUCCCAACACGUUUGGCUACAAGCUUGAGUGCAGGGGUGAAGCCAGGGCCUACCGCAGGCACUUCCUAGGCAAGGAUCACCUAAAUUUUUACUGUACCGGCAGCAGCCUGGGGAACCUGAUCUUGUCCAUCAAGUGUGAGGAGGCCGAGGGCGCUGAGUACCUUCGCGUCAUUCUCAGGUCUAAAAUGAAGACUGUGCAUGAACGAAUCCCCUUGGCUGGACUGAGCAAGUUGCCCAGUGUACCUCAGAUUGCAAAGGCUUUCUGUGAUGAUGCUGUGGGGCUCAAAUUCAACCCUGUCCUGUUCCCCAAGGCCUCCCAAAUGAUUGUGUCUUAUGAUGAGCAUGAUGUCAACAACACAUUCAAGUUUGGAGUCAUUUAUCAAAAGGCCAGGCAGACCCUGGAGGAAGAGCUCUUUGGGAACAAUGAGGAGAGCCCAGCCUUUAAGGAGUUCUUGGACCUUUUGGGAGACACGAUCACGCUGCAAGACUUCAAAGGCUUCCGCGGAGGCCUGGAUGUGACCCAUGGACAGACCGGGGUGGAGUCGGUGUACACCACCUUCCGGGACCGGGAGAUCAUGUUUCACGUCUCCACAAAGCUGCCCUUCACCGAGGGAGAUGCGCAACAGCUCCAGAGAAAGAGACAUAUUGGGAAUGAUAUUGUUGCCAUCAUCUUCCAAGAAGAAAACACGCCAUUUGUCCCAGACAUGAUUGCCUCCAACUUCUUACACGCCUACAUUGUUGUACAAGCUGAGAGCCCUGGCACAGAGACCCCAUCCUACAAGGUCUCUGUCACUGCGCGGGAAGAUGUGCCUGCUUUUGGCCCUCCUCUGCCGAGCCCUCCUGUUUUCCAGAAGGGCCUGGAGUUCCGGGAGUUUCUGCUCACCAAGCUCACCAAUGCGGAGAGUGCUUGCUGCAAGUCAGACAAGUUUGCCAAGCUGGAGGACCGGACCAGGGCUGCGCUCCUGGACAACCUCCACGAUGAGCUCCACAUGCACACACAGGCCAUGCUGGGCCUGGGCCCCGAGGAGGACAAGUUUGAGAAUGGAGGCCAUGGAGGAUUCCUGGAGUCUUUUAAGAGGGCCAUCCGUGUGCGCAGCCACUCCAUGGAGACGGUGGUGGGCAGCCAGAGGAAGCUGCACACUGGGAGCCUCCCUGGGAGCCUCAGUGGGGGCAUUGUCCACAACAGCAUGGAAGUCACCAAGACUACCUUCUCACCUGCAGUGGCCACAGCUGCCGUGAAGAACCAGUCACGGAGCCCCAUCAAACGGCGUUCUGGACUCUUCCCCCGCCUGCACCCAGGCUCUGAGGGACAGGGAGAUAGCCGGACACGAUGUGACAGUACCUCCAGCACCCCAAAGACCCCAGAUGGCGGACAUUCUUCCCAGGAGAUAAAAUCGGAGACCUCAUCCAAUCCCAGCUCUCCAGAAAUCUGUACCAACAAAGAAAAGCCCUUCACGAAGUUGAAGGAGAACGGCCGCGCCAACAUCUCGCGCUCCUCCUCCAGCACCAGCAGCUUCAGCAGCACGGCAGGGGAGGGCGAAGCCGUGGAGGAGGGGGACAGCGGGAGCAGCCAGCCAUCCACAACUUCACCCUUCAAGCAGGAGGUGUUCGUCUAUAGCCCCUCUCCAAGCAGCGAGAACCCCGGCCUGGGAGCUGCUGCCACCCCUAUCAUCAUGAGCCGGAGUCCCACAGAUGCCAAGAGCAGAAACUCCCCGCGGUCAAACCUGAAAUUCCGCUUUGAUAAGCUCAGCCAUGCCAGCUCCAGUGCGGGUCACUAAUGUGAAAGAAGAGCCCUUCCCCAGUCCAAGGGAAGUCCUGAUUCUGUCCUGAAGAAGGCUCCUAUUCCAGCUGUUUGGGGGUGCCAUCCACUACUCUGACCAUUACAGGCCUGCUGUCUUACUGGCCACCUGUCUAGCAGACCAGCUGUCUGUCCGUGUCUCAACCCGGCCACAGCUCUGCUGGCUCCUUCAACAACAGACCCCACAAGCACUUCCCCAUCUCGACAAGAGAUCUCAUGCCCAGAGGUGCCAUUGCUCCUGACCUCCUGAAGUGACAUCGGUCAGGAGCACCUGCCUUCUGUUUUGUCUCAAGAAAAAAUCUGGACAAGGGGAAAUCUUUGGGGGGGGGAUGGAGCUCAUCUAGAACCUGGGAAUUUGUCCCAGAAGUGGAGGGGUGUGAUGAGAUGGGCAGCAGAGGUGAAAGCAGAAUGUGUGGCAGGUUCUGUGUUCUGUGGGUCACAGUGCAGUGCCUUCCUAGACUUGACAGAAGUGUUGUCAUCAUUCAGACAUAUUCUGGUGAUGGGAGGGCUGCUUUUCCUAGGGCUGAGAUUCCCAGAGUCUUCAGGUCUCACCUGAUAAAAACUGGCUCCAUUGCCCUAUACCUCUGGAGCUCCAAAAUGUUUCUCUGCUUCAGUGAUAAGCACUUCUGACCCCUGGCAUGGGGGCUCUGUCUCUGCUAAUAGGGUCUCUUGAUGGGGCUCAGGCUGGUGGAAGCUCGGGGUCUGGCUGGGCAUGUCUGAGCCUGGCUGCUUAACUUCUUAGACUGUACUCAGCAUCUUUUGUCCUAAUUUCACACAGGUUCCUAACUACCCUUGCUGUGGGAGAAGCCCUGGGCAGUCUUUCCCUCUGAGUGGAUAUUUUUUCCAUGAAGGGGUGUGAAGCCAGGAUUACAAAGAGUUCAGGGAGAGCAAAGGACCUACGUGAGGGCUUUUGUUGGCUGAGUUAACUCAGGAUUCAGGGGCUUGUCUGGGAUCCGGUCCUGCACUGUUGUGGAGUUUUAAGAAUGACAGUUAGUCCAACCCAUCCUUUAGGUAAGAGGGGACAGGUGCAGUGGAGGGUCACUUGGCAGGUUCUCAGCAGGCCAAUGAGUGGGGGUUUAUGGGGACAAAAUGUAAUAUCCUUUCACAGUUUAUGUCCCUUGCAUCUUCAAGGAGCCCUGUACUGCUGGGGCCUGCUUCUAGUCACUGUGCCCUUAGACCAUGUCCCAGGCUGUCCCCCAGUCUUGCCCCUCUUUCCUGGUCUUUAGGCUGUUGUACAUCUAUAAGUCUCUUGCAAGCCUAACCCACGUGGCUGUGCUUGAGUCCCUGCACACUGCCACCUGGGGCAGCUCAUCCUGAGGAGCCGCCCUUCUGGCUUCUUCCCCGCCCAUGUCUGUAGGGUGUUUCUGCUGCCAUGUGCAGGGUGGAGCGCCCUGCACAGGACACCCUCGAAGGUCCUGCAGCUUUCAGUGCACGUGGGCCUUGGCAUGGGGCUGCUGUGGUGACCGUGGCCAGGCUGCUGCCUUAAUGAGCAGACGGCAAGAUUUCUGAAUGCUUUAUCUGUAUAGGGACCUAUUCCCAUGCCAAAGCACAGAAAUAUGACACAGUGUUUUGGACUGAUAUUGUAACUCUUUCCCUAUUUCUUUUACCAUCUGAACAAAAUCUGUGUCCUUUGUUCUCCACUCACUUGUUGGGUUCUAUUUGCAGCCAGGGGAUGGGGCCUUCUUCCCUACCCCCAUUUGAGAAACGUGCUUACAGAGUACUAUCUGGUAAAAUUUGUUCUCAUUAGAAGGUCAACAGAAUAUCUGUUUGGCUUUUAUUAAAAGUCAGUGUAGCGGCGCCCACUGCCGGAAGGAGGCCCACGGAUUCUGGCAGCAUUCUGUGGGUGGCUUUCUGAAAGAACUUGAAAGGUCAAACUGUGUUUUCUUUGAAAACUAUGGCAGGGUUCUGGCUCCCCUCUCUUGGUAGCUCAAGUUGACAGUUGCUUUGUGGUUGUGUUCUGUUGCGUUGUGACCUGGAGUCCUCUGGAGCGUCGAGGCUGUUCCCAUGCUGUCAUAUUUGGGAACCUCAUACCCCCUUCCCCCACUGCUCUGGAUACUUCUACAGCUCUGCCUCCUGGAUGGGGUUUGCCCCGUCUCUGGGCCAGUGGAUAGGAAGGAUAGCUGUGUUCAGAUGAACUGAGAGGCACGGAGCUGGGGUGUGAUCUCCAUCUUUGGUUUGCUGUUGUGGUGUGCUAGGCAAGAUCUGAUCUUUCACCCUGCCUGUCUAGCAAGUGCAUUCUACGGCUUCCAGGGUGGGCAUUGACAGCCCACCACAGGUUCUGAGCUAGGAGGGUGGAGGAGAACAAAGGUGGGCCCAGUCCUUUGGGCCAUGGGCAGUAGCUCAGGGUUCUGGGUGGCUGUUUUCCCCACUCUGUGAUCCAAAAUGUCUUUCCUUUCAUGGCUGUACCCAGUCUUUGGCGCUCGGACUUUCUGAAGCCCCCCUCAGCUCUAUAGCUGGUGUUGUGUGCAUCAUGCCCUUGUUGCUAUUUAGGGCACUUCCAUGGUGCCCACUUGGUCACAUCUCUGGCUCUGGGCACUAUUUGACCGACUGAAGGAACCGUACUUUGCAAGGCUGUAGGGCACCCUGAUGCUGCCAGCUCUGCUGAUGCUUAAAAACAGAUGCAGAGAUGCUCAAUAUAGAAGGUCCUAGCAGUUUAUGUCUGUGCCAAUGAAUGUCAAGUGGUCUUUUUUGGAAACUGUCCCUGGUUCAGCUUUAUGGCAGCCUCUGGUUACUCAAAUCUCAUGGUCCCUUUUAGCACAUCAUGCAAUGUGCCUGACGCCACACAGCCACCCUAGUGGCCACGCUGUUUCUAGAGUCCACAGCUUGAUGCCUUUCCUUUGUACCUACUGUACUGUACUGCUGAUGGAGGAAGAGGGUGCAUUCCUGGGCCUGGAUUGUGGGGGAACAGGUUGACUGGGGGCCCCACCCUCGGGGAGGUACCAAGGGUGGCAGGUGCUGGCAGGGCCUCAGCCUGUGCCGUUUUUCAUCAGAAGGAAUCUUGGUCAGUGAGGGCCUGGGGGCUUGGGGUGCAGCUUGAGCAGAGAAAAUGGCAGGAGAGGGAUUCCAGCCAAAUGUUCCUCAGUGGCCUCAGUUCAGUCUGGAAUGGGCUGGGGCCUGGGCAAGAAUGCAGCUACCCCAGGCUUCUGUGUUCUAAAUUAAGACAGAAAGUAGUGAAAGGAAACUUCUUUUCUCACAGAUUAUCUUCUCUUCCCCCUCGCUUUUUGUGGUGAUGGGGGUGAACCCAGGGCCUCGCUCAUGCUAAGCAAGUGUUCUGCCACUGCUCAGCUGUACCCCAGCCUCUCCAGUUCUUAAAAUAGAAGUUAAUAAAAACCCAGUCUCAAGCGGUAAGACAGGACACACUUCAUUUUCUUACCAUCACCCUUUAAGGUGCCAAUUCAAACACUACCUUUGGUCAUUUGUUUCUUAGUCUGUAAAGACAGCACUGUUGUGGGGAAUGUGGUCAGGAAUCAAGUAGGUCUCAGCUCCUGGGUGGGCCGGGACCAGGCCGUCAGUCAUGCUCUGAACCCAGGUUCCUCCUCCAGCCUUCAGCUACUGCUUUCCUCAGGCGGGGGUGCAGUUAGCAAGGCUGUCCCUGAGCCUGGAAGGGGGCCUCUGAGGCAUUCUUCUACCAGUGGCUGGUGUCUUUCACCAUGAGCCCCUUGCCCACUCCACUGUCAUGUCCCUCUCCUUCCAGCUGGUCUGUGUGCCCACUUGGGAGGAAUAAGACAAACCUGGCCAGGGCCAAAGGGUAGCAGAGCCCUGUCUCAUGAGAGGCUUCUAGGCAGUGGCUCUGGCCUGGGCCUUACCAGCCCUGAGGAGAGGAUAUUUGGCUGGAAGACUCGAAUUCAAUUGCCAUUGUCUUUGGUUUUGUGACAUUUCUGCUUGGAAGGGUGAAAUCCCCCUUCCCGCUCCUUAGCACUUGUGCCAACUCUCCCUCGUCGUGGGUGUCACCCUUUGACCCUCCAGCUCGGGGAGUGCUGAUGUCUCCUCGUGAAGAGAUGCCUGUGUGGUAGAACCUAAGACAUGUAGCUUGGAAAUGACCCUUCCCCUGUGACGAUGAUUUUUCUUUCCUUCCUCUUAGUGAGGAAGCGAUUUGUAGAUCCUGAUUGCCUAUGUCAUGUAAAUAGUGUACAUUUAAUUUAUUGCUAUGGUAGCAUAUUGUAUUUGUUAAUGUAUAAAACAAAUUCUAAAAGGUUGACAAAUGUAUAUUUUGUUGCUUAAAUGUGUCUUUGCAGAAAUUGACAAUAAAAUAACAUAUUUUGUGUC